AUGCAUUCUAAUGCUCCGGAAGACGGAUUCCAGUGCCUUGUGAAGUCGUGUUCGUUUGUAUCCUCGUCCAAACGUGAGUUCAAUGCCCAUAAGUUAGCCCAUGACGGAAUUAAUGCAAAGCGUUGGCUCCCAUACACAUGCUCACAGUGCCCUGCCCGUUUCUAUUCGAGCGACGACCAGAUGCGCCACGCCGAGUCGCAGGGCUCGAAGCAGUACGUUUGUCCUCGGUGUCCAGAGUCUUUUUAUUUCAAACCUGGCCUGGAAAUGCACUACGAAGUGGCCCAUGCCAAUGAGCCAAACCCGGACAUCCCGAUCCCCUUUCAGUGCCCGCACUGUAAAUUUGUCUGCAAAACCCCUUUGGGCCUAGAAAUGCACCUCCGCUGGCGGUAUAUGGGUGCAUGUUUGGCAGAAAUCAGCGCUUCUGCCAAGCAAACAGCCUCUGGUGCCGAUCCAGUCGGAGGCGCGGGUCAGCAGCCAUCGCCGACUCUAGGCGAAGAUCCCCAUCGUCCGAUCGUGCAGCCUAUUGCAACGAGGCUGAGUAUUGGGUGCCCGUCGGAAUUGUCUGGAAACUCGACGCCAGUGUAUGCUCCAGUUGCCACGCCAACUUCAGGGUCGGUCUCGGUGCCAUCGUCGGUAGCUGGUGCAGACGCCUCCAACCAAGCUUCACCUCGUCAGACGCCUGAUUUUGGUCCAGCUAGCUUGGGAGCCAAGCCCAGUUUGAACACACUGGCUGCCGCAGUGGCCGCAAAUUACCAAGAGAUGCUUUCGCCGACCAACUCAACCGAUAUGGUUAUGGGAACCUACACACCCGAUGAUGUCCAAAGUAAACAAAUGGCCACUUCGAGUGGUAUGAUUCCUUUAGGGUAUUCUUCUGCAAACAUGUCCUUCAAAAACGGUGUGGUAACCCCACUGUCGAACAAUUCGCCGAGCGCUACCCCCUUAUCUACAGUUUCGAGUGCCUACCGCGAGACAUCGACAUCUUCAUUGUCGUCUCCAAAUCCCGAAGAGUUGUCUCCUUCAUCGCGGCUUGGUGUACGUAGUGGAGGUGACAAGCCAAACACUUUCAGCUGCUCAGACUGUAUGGAGAGUUUCUCUUCGCGAGAACUUUUCAACUAUCAUCUACGUACGGCACACUUUGUGCCGUUAUCCUCUGAGCGUAAGUUCGAAUGUAAGACGUGCUUCAAAGUGUGCACGACUCAGUCUGGGCUCGACUAUCACAACCGCACACAUCUCAAAAGUAUCGAGGAGCGACGGGCUUACAAGUGCCAGGAGUGUUCGCAGGUGUUCACGGUGCGAUCGACGUUGUAUCGUCAUCAGCGCACACAGCAUGCUGCAACAUUGGAUGAACGAAAGCCCUAUAGGUGUAUGUACUGCGGCAAGGCGUUUGCAUCCCGGUACAAUCUCAAUCGGCAUGCAGAUACUAGACACCCUGGUCUGAGUCGUGAGCCUCUCAAAUGA